AUGUCUAAUCGCGUUUUUUUGUUUGAAUACUAUCAUUGUUGUUAUGUUACAAUGAUUCGUACAAAGUUUCUUUCACGUUACAGCACUUUAGCUGUACGUGCUCUGGUAACAGCUGGUGCAGCUGAGCGUUGCUACACAUCAGGUCGUUGUCUUCACAAUCAUCGAUGCUUUCACUGCGCUGCAGAUAUACCUUCUGCUUCGGUUCAUCAUCACAAUGUGAAAGAUGUACAUGCGUCAUGCUGUGGUUUUCCGAAGCAUUUAAGAAACGGACCGUCAACUGUACUUGAUCAAGGUGUAUUUGGUGAUGAUGCCUGCUUCAUUGCACAAUUUGAGAAUACUCAUGUAGUUGGUGUAGCGGAUGGCGUUGGUGGAUGGCGCAAUUAUGGUAUCGAUCCAUCCGAAUUUUCAAGUCGUUUAAUGAAACUUUGUCGAAAGAUAGUACGCAAGGGUGAUUUUGAGCCAACACGACCAGAUAAAUUGUUGGCUCGAGCUUAUGAAGCUCUUGCAAAGCCACCACGUCCUACGGGAUCAUCUACAGCAUGCGUGCUUGUUGUUUAUCAGGAUACAUUAUAUUCCGCCAACCUUGGUGAUUCUGGUUAUCUGGUUAUUCGAAAUGGCAAGGUAGUCUAUCGUAGUCGUGAGCAGACUCAUUAUUUUAACGCUCCAUAUCAGCUUUCAUUACCUCCUGCAGAUGAAGUUCAUGGUAGCUUUCUCGGCGACUCUCCAGAGAAGGCUGAGCUAGCUUCGCUAGAUUUAAUGAUUGGUGAUAUCAUUGUGCUUGCAACUGAUGGUUUAUGGGAUAAUGUAACAGAAAAUGAAAUUGUCAAGCAAUUGAAAGGUCUCAAACCAGGAGAUGUGCAGGCAAUAUUAGGGCAUGCUUGUUAUCUGUUUCAAAAAAUUUUAUUUCAGAAAGCGUGCAAUAGUUUAGCUCUUACUGCCAGAAGACUAGCAUUUGAUGCUCAACAUUUGUCACCUUUUGCUGUUAAAGCGUUGCGGCAUGGAAUUGAUGCACCUGGAGGCAAACCAGAUGAUAUUACGCUUAUUUUGUUAUUGGUUGCUUGA